CCAAAAUUUCUCUAAAGUCGCAGGACUCAAUACCUAUUUUCUUCUGCGUUUUUUCUCUCUCUCUCUCUAGACGUCCGGCCAUGGCCUGUUUGGCCUCCGAUCUCGUCCCACUCUUAAAUGGCACCGCUAACGCCACCGCCGCCGCCGAUUACAUCUGCAGCCAGUUCAGUGCCGUGCAGAAUAGUUUCACGGACGCUGCUCAUGCCAUCGACAACACUUACCUGCUCUUCUCGGCCUACCUCGUCUUCGCUAUGCAACUGGGCUUCGCCAUGCUCUGCGCCGGCUCCGUUCGAGCCAAGAGCACCAUGAACAUAAUGCUCACCAACGUGCUCGACGCGGCCGCUGGGGGUCUGUUUUACUAUCUCUUCGGGUUCGCCUUUGCCUUCGGUUCUCCUUCCAACGGCUUCAUCGGCCGUCACUUCUUCGGCAUGAAGGCGUUCCCGUCAGAGCUGUUCGAUUACAGUAACUUCCUGUAUCAAUGGGCUUUUGCCAUCGCUACUGCCGGGAUCACCAGCGGCUCUAUAGCGGAGAGAACCCAGUUCGUCGCUUACCUCAUUUAUUCGGCCUUCUUGACGGGUUUCGUGUACCCGGUUGUGUCUCACUGGUUCUGGUCGGCUGACGGUUGGGCCAGUGCCUUCAAUAACGAUAACUUGUUGUUCGGAUCCGGAGCCAUAGACUUCGCCGGAUCAGGUGUAGUUCACUUGGUCGGAGGUAUAGCUGGACUUUGGGGGGCUCUCAUUGAGGAGCCUAGAAUUGGCCGGUUUGAUCAUGCCGGUCGAUCUGUAGCUUUGCGUGGUCACAGCGCAUCCUUGGUCGUAUUGGGUACCUUCUUACUGUGGUUCGGCUGGUACGGGUUUAACCCGGGUUCGUUUUUAACCAUCAUGAAGGCGUAUAACUCCGGGAACUACUACGGACAGUGGAGUGCCGUCGGCCGGACUGCAGUGACCACGACCUUGGCCGGUUGCACGGCUGCGCUGACCACUCUGUUCGGGAAAAGGUUGAUUUCAGGACACUGGAACGUUACCGAUGUGUGCAAUGGGUUGCUUGGUGGGUUCGCGGCAAUCACCUCCGGCUGCUCAGUGGUUGAGCCAUGGGCUGCUAUCGUCUGCGGUUUCGUCGCGUCCUGGGUCUUGAUUGGAUGCAACAAGCUUGCUGAGAAGUUCAAAUAUGAUGACCCACUGGAGGCUGCGCAAUUGCAUGGUGGCUGUGGAACUUGGGGUCUUAUAUUCACGGGCUUGUUUGCAAGGGACAUAUAUGUGCAGGAGGUAUACCAGGCCACAUGGAGGCCAUAUGGGCUGUUCAUGGGAGGAGGUGGAAAGCUCUUAGCUGCUCAAAUUAUCCAGAUUUUGACGAUUGUUGGGUGGGUGAGUGCCACCAUGGGUCCUCUGUUUUAUGUGUUAAAUAAGAUGAAUUUGCUGAGGAUAUCGGCUGAGGAUGAGAUGGCCGGAAUUGAUAUAACCCGGCACGGUGGCUUUGCAUAUGUAUACCAUGAUGAAGAUGAUCAGUCGCAGAAGCAGGGAGGUUUAAUGAUGAGAAGAAUAGAACCAGCUAAUGGCACUCCCGCUGCUAAUCGAAGUCCAUCACAAGCUGUGUGAUCAUCAGCUGUGAUCACACUGAUAGUAGUAGUUGUAGGUUCUCCUUUUUUUCUUCAUGUUCUUUCUUCUUCUUCUUCUUCUGUUCUGAGGGCUGGUAAGGUGUCUAUCCUCUGAGGUAUUGUAUAUUAUCCGUCUGGUUAUGGUUUGAACUGUGAAGUCAAGUGAUAAAAAACAAAACGGUUAUAUUUUGUUCUUUUCAAUUCUCAGGGUUUUUUUAAGAUGAUUUUAUUGUGGUGAAAAAGAAGGGAGUUUGAUACAUGUUUUGAAGCUUUGUAAUUGGGGGUGGCUUUUUAUAAUUCUGUAAGAUAAUGCGACUCUUUCUUUUUAUUUGUCCUC